CUGUCCCUGGCAGGUCCUGUGCUGGGAAAGGGGAGACAUGACCAGUGGGCAUAAGGUUGGUAGCAAAGUGUGGGCAUAGUGGGUAGGUGAGCCUUGGGAGAUGGUUCACACUGCCUGCAUGUCUAAUUCCCAGGUAAACUAAAGGACUUUUGAUAACUUCAGUGUCUUUAAUCUGCCAGCAGGACACAAAAUGUACAUAUGUGGUUGCUGGUGAGAAACAGGCUAUGUAUUCUGUCGCUUUCAUCUGCACCAUGGCAGUGUGCUGAGUGGAGACAUGAUCUAAUCAGGAAUGACUGUCUAAAGAGAGAUCUGGGGAGGUGCCCCUUCUGAUUUCAAGCAUGUGUUUAUUUUGCAUCUGUCUUUCAAGCUAUGUCAUGUGGUAUCCAUUACUUAGCAUCUGUGUUCAUGGCUGUUACUCCUAACUUUGUAUGUGGGUUCCCUGGAAAUGUGAGUAGUGUUCUUUUCCACAACUCCUCUGCAUCGAGUAUAGAGGACAUCUGGACGCUAUGGACAUCAACAGAAAACUACGUUGUAGUCCAGCUGGGAAAUGGAGAAAUUUGGGAACUUGAUCAAUGCAGCAGGUCCAAGCGAGAAGUCAGUUUGGAUCUGGCAUAUGAAUACGAAGGCAACAAGUCUGUAUUUCCUUGUUCUGAUGGAUUUCUCUAUGAUGAUACAAAGUGGAAGAGCACUGUUGUUACGCAGUGGGAUCUGGUCUGUGACAGAGAAUGGCUUGCAAAAUUAAUCCAGCCUAUGUUCAUGCUUGGAGUCUUGAUUGGAGCAGUGAUUUUUGGUGACAUCGCUGACAGACUGGGAAGACAGCGUGUUAUAUGGUUCACAAGUGCUGGUCAGUUUGUAUUUGGCAUUGCAGUGGCCUUCACGUUUGACUACUACAGUUUCGUGAUUGUGCGCUUUCUCCUCGCUAUGGUUUCAAGUGGCUAUCUGGUUGUGGCUUUUGUUUAUGUGACUGAAUUUGUUGGCAUUAAAGCACGAACCUGGGCUUCUAUGCAUGUCCAUGCUUUUUUUGCUAUGGGAAUUAUGAUUGUGGCACUCGUGGGAUUUUUGGUUCGGACCUGGUGGGUCUAUCAGAUAUUUCUCUCCAUAGCAACUGUUCCCUUUGUCUUGUGCUGCUGGAUGCUCCCAGAAACACCUUUUUGGCUGCUGUCAGAGGAAAGAUAUGAAGAUGCACAAAAAGUGAUUGAUACAAUGGCAAGAUGGAAUAAAGUCAGCACUCCCUGCAAAGUUUCUGAACUGUGCUCAGUCCAACGAGAUGAUCCAGCCAGCGGCAGAAUGGGUGAUGAUGAUACAUCCUCAGCAAAGAAGCACAACAUCUUAGACCUGUUUUGUAACUGGCAAAUUGCAAGAAGGACCAUCACAGUCUGGCUGAUCUGGUUCACUGGGAGCUUGGGGUACUACGUCUUCUCCCUCAGUUCUGUCAGUCUAGGAGGCAAUGAAUAUUUAAACCUCUUUCUCAUAGGUGCUGUGGAGUUGCCUUGCUAUAUCAUUGCUUGCGUUGCGAUGGACAAACUGGGAAGGAGAAACACACUCAUUCCGUUCCUUAUUUUAAGUGCACUGAUCUGUGUUUUAAUUAUGUUCAUACCUCAGGAUUUCAAUAUAUUAAUUAUCUUAGCAAAUAUGGCUGGAAAAUUUUCCAUAGGUGUGGCAUUUGGCCUUAUAUAUCUCUACACAGCAGAACUUUACCCAACAAUAGUAAGAUCACUUGCUGUUGGAAGUGGAAGCAUGAUGUGCCGUGUAGGAAGUGUGGUUGCUCCUUUCUGUGUAUAUCUGAGAAGUGUCUGGAUUUUCAUGCCACUUUUGCUCGUUGGAAUCAUGGCUCUUCUGAGUGGAAUAUUAACCAUAAUGCUUCCAGAAACACUGGGAAAACCACUAACUAAUACUUUGGUGGAAGCUACAGAAAUUGGAAGAAACAAGAAAAGCUCUUCAGAAAAGACUCCUCCAGCACAUAAUGGUGCAGAAUUAGAAAAGAUAGAGCUGUUUGGUCAAGAAAAAGUCAGCACUGACAAAUAAAGCAGCAGCAAAAUGUCUGUUCCAAAUUUUAAUCACUAUCUAAUUUAUAAGAUCUUUGUAUUCAAAAAAAUGGGACUGUUAUAUAACAUCUGUGCCUUGUACUUUGUAUUCUAUCUUCCCUUUUCAGUAGAGCAAUUGUAUGAAACCUUUUCAAAGUGACUGAGUUACUGCAGAAAAUUUGAUAGGAUUUCUAGAUCCCUUGUCAAAAUUAUCCAGACUUUAAAACACUCGUCUGACUUGGUGUGACCAGUUGGAAUGAUUAGUCUAAAUGAUGGAACCUAUCUGAUUACAUGUAUGUAAAAAAAAAUAUGCCAAUUCUUUGCUUCACAUUUUCUGCAGUUAGGUUUGUCAACCUACAGCAAAGUGCCCUGCCUGAUCUCAUCCUGUUGCAGCUGCCAGUUACAGGCUUGAGACUUCAGAACACAGUUACAAUUCAAGAGAGAAGCCUUAACAUUGCAUCAGGUCAUAUCAAGAAAUUGAAACUAAUUUAUUAUUUUUCUUUUUCUUUCAAGUUUUCUACUAGAAAUGGUGCCAUUGCUAACAAAGGAAAAUAUACUAUGGCACAGCUUCUGACUGAAAAAAAAUACUAAGUUUGCAAAACGUGCAAAUAGUUUGUAUAUUCAUUCUGUUGAAUGGCAAAUGUAUUUUUAUUAGGGGUUUAGGAAAAAUAAAAGUUCCCUGGAUCUACUGCUGUUUCAGUUUAGGUAAAACUAAACUGUCUGAUCCCAUUUAAAGUCAUAUUCAUUCCAGACCAUUAUUUCAGUGCACCCUUUCUCACUUAUUUCAGCUUAGAUCUAGCAUCAGAUUUUUCAUAACUUCUAAGAGUUGACCAGCAACUUUGCCAAAUGCCUCCAGAGAGGUCUUCAUAGUCCUCAGUGAAAAGGAAUAAAUGGCAUAUGGCUUUUGUUCAGGCUCUCUGCACAGAAGUGAAUUUACUUAUUAAUUUUUGGUAGAAACGGUUUCCACUCACCAUUUUUCUCAUAGGUCAGCUGUCUGUAACUCAUUUUUCCUUAUUAUAUCACACAAACCCUAUCUAAAACAGUUAGACAAAUAGAAUUUAAAAGAUGGUAGCUGGAGAACACUGAUCACUAGAAGAUUGUCUAGUUUUAGUCAAAGUGUCAGAACAUCCCACUGCUGCUACACCUCGUGUGCAUCAACACUUGUUGGUGCAGUGGUUCUGCCUUAUGACUCUGGACCAUAGAAAACUGAUAGAAAAGAAUGCAUCAUUCUGGUUGCUUCUUUUAUGACUUUCUCCCACAUCCCCUUUUUCAGUCUAUCUCUAGACCUGGGGAUUUCUUCUUUGUCUGAGGAUCUGCAUCUCUUUUGCUUGACCACCCUUGGUUUGAAGGGAGCAGAACAGGCACAUCUGCAUGUUGAGGUUCAGACAGCCCUCUCUUGCCUGGGUUGUGUGAUUUCAGUCCUUCCUGGUUUGAAAUCAGUGUUUUCCCCUCUCAGGCCCCUAUUCUCAUGGCAUAGUCUCAUUAAAACAAGUCUUCCUUGACCUUUGCCAUGUACCCACCCCAAAAGAUAUCUAUAUUACUGUAGAUAUUCUAUAUACUGUAGAAAUUACUGGCCACAUUUUUCAAUUAUAUCUGCCCAGUUUUAUUAGUUUCAAUGACUUCUGAAACCUAUAUAUAUAUAUAUAUAUUAUAUAUAUAUAUAUAUAUAUAUAUAUAUAUAUAUAUAUAUAUAUAUAAUUGUUUAUAUCCCCUUACAAAAGAUUUUAUUCUUCACUGCAUUCUCCUGGAAUUUGGUCCUGCUGUUAGAAGAAAAUAAUACCCUAUAUGAGGAUUAACAUGCUUUGAAGCAAGCAAAAAUCAGUAAAUUUAAGUUUAGGUAGUUCCUCUGAGAUAAUUACAUAGAAAGCAGAAAGGUGUCUUCAUGCUUCUUACUUAAUUCUAUGGGUGUUCCAGUGUUUGCAGGGAAAACCUCCAGAAAGAUCUGCAUCGAAUACUGUGGCUUCUGUCCAGAUAUAUGAGUUCAGCAAAAACACUUAACCUUCCCCCUGUGAGUAAUCCCAUCAUUAUUCUGAGAAUGACUUGAAUACCUGCUUUGAUGACUGAAGAUCAGAUUACUCACAUGCUGUGGUUUUUUAUUUUUCUGAAGAGCAAAUCCAGUAUUCUUCCACUGCUUUCAGGUUCCCCUCCACUUCCCAGAGCAGAACAGCUCUCUUUAUCUCCAAGAUCUACUGCCAAACUCUGCCUGCCCUGCCUUAAAUAAGGGUUUAAUCAUGCUAAAAACCCACCAUCAUACAAUACACCUAACAAGGAAUUAAACUGGUACUGUCUUGCCUUUCAACCACCCUCCCCACACACACAGCUCCAAAUUCCACGUUUUGGGGUUUUUUCACACUGAUACUCCCUCUUUUAAUAUCUUAAAACUCUCUCUAACUCCAUCUAUCUCAAAACUCACUACUCACAACUUUUAGGAAUAGUACAGUCUAUUUCUAACAAGGUACUAAAGAAUAUUUACAAUUAUUUUUUCUGUUGUUUCCUUACCUGCUGAGUAACUGAUUUCGGUCUUAGAACUGAAAUCAGCCAAUGCAGAUUCUGUGUUCCUUUGGCUUGAGGGAUUCAUGACCUGGUCAUGUGUAAUCAGUACACAUAAGGUGAAGAAAAGAACAAGCAGAAAAUUGAAUACACAAUGAUACUGAUACUGCUUACAACUAAAAUUUAAUUAUUAUUCUAGACCACAAUGUAACUUGAUGGAUUAACCCCUAAAGCCAUUUCCUCCUGUCGCUGAAGUCAGUUGGUAUUUGGUCUAUGAUUCAAAUGACCCCUGAAUUUCCCUGAACUAAUGAUGUUACUGUUUUUCCUUGGAAAUAAAAUAUUUGUUGAUUUACAGGUA